AUGAAAGUGAAAGCAUUGGGUGUCUUUAAAUCCAAGCUUUUCAAGCCAUGCAAAAAAAUAAUAUUUUUCUUCAGACUUAGACCCAAGAAGCCUGUGUUUAUAAGAGCUCUCAAAUUUCGUGCUCUCAAACCCAAGAGGCCAACAAUGUCUUCUUUGUUACAAUCAGUGUUUCGCUCCCCUAAGAAACCUAAACACACUGACAUGUUACCAGGACUCAAGAGUCCCUCCAAUGUGCAUGAAACUCCACUCUUUCCAUCGCCACUUACCCCGGCUUAUGUAAGAACUCGUGCGGCGAAGAAGAGAGAAGAAGCUUCAAGGCAAGAGGUGGAAGAUGCAUGCAGGAGUUUUGAGAACUAUUUGGUGGAGAUGAUUGUGGAAGAAGGGAAGACCAAGGAUUUGAUGGACGUGGAGGAACUUCUAUAUUGCUGGAAGAACCUGAAGUGUCCUGUUUUUGUUGAUUUAGUUUGUAGAUUUUAUGGUGAGCUUUGUAAGGACUUGUUUUCUCCAGAUAGUGAGGAAGGUGACAGUUCCAAGUAAAGGCCUAAGCAGCCAGUG